AUGGUGGUGAACACGAUAUAUAUCGCAAGGCAUGGAUACAGAUCCAACUGGCUUCCGGAGGGUCCAUAUCCUGACCCACUUACAGGAAUUGAUAGCGAUGUUCCUUUAGCAGAACACGGAGUCCAGCAAGCCAAAGAGUUGGCCCAUUACCUUUUGUCCUUGGAUAAUCAACCAGAGGCCGCCUUCGCUUCUCCAUUUUAUAGAUGUCUUGAGACUGUACAACCGAUAGCUAAGCUGUUAGAAAUACCUGUUUAUCUAGAAAGGGGUAUCGGGGAAUGGUAUAGACCUGAUAGAAAACCUGUUAUUCCAGUACCUGCUGGAUAUGAGAUACUAAGCAAAUUUUUUCCAGGUGUCAUUAGCCAAGAAUGGGACUCUACAUUAACACCAAAUGAAAAGGGUGAGACAGAACAGGAGAUGUAUAUGAGAUUCAAAAAAUUUUGGCCCUUAUUUAUUGAACGUGUAGAAAAGGAAUAUCCAAAUGUUGAGUGCAUACUGUUGGUCACACACGCUGCAUCUAAGAUUGCCCUUGGAAUGAGCUUGCUGGGAUACGAUAAUCCUCGGAUGUCUUUGAAUGAAAAUGGUGAUAAAAUAAGAAGUGGUAGUUGCUCAUUAGACAAAUACGAAAUUCUUAAAAAAAGCUACGAUACUAUAGAUGAAACUGAUGAUCAAACAUCCUUUACCUAUAUACCAUUUAGUGACAGAAAAUGGGUUUUAACGAUGAAUGGGAAUACCGAGUUUUUGAGUAGUGGUGAAGAAAUGAAUUGGAAUUUUGAUUGUGUGGCAGAAGCUGGUUCAGAUGCUGAUAUCAAAAAGAGACAAAUGACAAAAAAAACCAGCUCACCAAUACCAGAAGCAGAUGAUCAAACGGAAGUAGAAACCGUUUAUAUCAGUGUUGAUAUUCCCAGCGGCAAUUACAAAGAGAGGACCGAGAUAGCAAAGAGCGCAAUUUUACAAUAUUCCGGUUUAGAAACAGAUGCUCCGUUGUUUAGAAUCGGAAAUAGAUUGUAUGAGGGAAGCUGGGAGAGACUUGUUGGCACGGAGCUUGCUUUCCCAAAUGCUGCACAUGUACAUAAAAAGACAGCCGGUCUACUAUCACCGACUGAAGAGAAUGAAACAACAAAUGCUGGUCAAAGUAAAGGCUCAUCGACUGCCAACGACCCAAACAUACAAAUACAAGAAGAAGACGUUGGACUACCGGAUUCAACUAACACAAGUAGAGAUCACACGGGAGAUAAAGAAGAGGUUCAAUCAGAAAAGAUUUAUAGAAUAAAAGAGAGGAUAGUGCUAAGCAAUGUCCGCCCUAUGUAA